AGCUGAUAAGGUUUCCUGUAGUAUUUCAUUUUUCAAAUAAAUAAUUAAAUUUUGUAUUCUUUACAGAUUGAUUGAAAAAGAGAUUCACUAAUAAUAUAAAAAAUUUUGUGUUUGAUUCAAUAAACUUACUGUAUACUUUCCAGAAAUUUUUUUUUUACAAUUAACUUGAUACUUAUAAAUAAAAAUGACAGGUAUUGUAUAAAUUAGAUAUCUUAGUUAAUUUAAUUGAUAGCCAAUAAUUUUUUUUUGUUUUUUUUUUAGACAUAGCUAAGCAAGCUGAGUCUUAUGAAGCAAAUGAAUUAUUUGAUAUUAAAAACUCAUACUACAUUGGGAAUUACCAACAAUGCAUCAAUGAUGCUCAGAAAGAGCCGGUAUUUAUUGAAUUAUAAAUUAUUAAUAAUUAUACUCUUACGAUCAAUAUACUAAUCAGCUUAUAUAUAUAGUAUGUACCUAAAAGUUAUUUUCAUCAAUCAUAAUUUUCAAACAGCAGUAGGAUCCCUUAGAACUGUUGUUGGAAUUAAUUUUGUGAUUAGGAUUUAAAAUGUUUUUAAUAUUGGUUCUACCUGGUCUUAUAACUAAGUAUAAUUUAUGUAUUAUUUUUGAAAAUAACUUUUUACAAUUUUAGUAAAACCAUUAUAAUAUUGUAUACUACAUUUAUACAUUUAUAAUUCCUGUUUUUAAUUAUAAAUGUAUUACUAUUUCAAAUUUUUACUAAAUAAUUUUGAGGAUAGGGACCUUGAGUAAUCUUUACCACUAAACCAUUAACUUUUUUUUAUAAAAUAAAUGUAAUUAUAUUUACACAUUAAAUAUUUUUUUCUUUACAGCCAAAUUAUGGAAAUUUACGUAUAAAACGCGAUAUAUUUAUGUAUCGAGCUUACUUAGCUCAAAAAAAAUAUGGCAUUGUUCUUGCAGAAUUAAAAACCAAUUCACACCCAGACUUGCAACCUUUUAAAUUGUUAGCCGAGUAUUUACAAAGUCCUGAUAAUAGGUAAGGUAUUUACCAUAAGAAUUGUAUAGAUUUAAAAGUUAUGUAUAAACUACAAGGUAAGAAUCUAAAAAAUAAUAUAAACAUUUUAUUGUUAUUUAUCUUUUAAUGACUACCUUUAUAAUAAAAUGUUUCUGAACUAUCCUGUUAUCUCGACUACUAAUAUAUUUUCAAGACUACAUAGUAUAUCGUUGGUUAACUAAAAUUGAAUAUGAGUAUAAAUGUAAGUUCCCGCAUAAAUACAGUUUGAUUUAUAAUUCCUGCAUUGUAAUAAUUAAUCUGUAUCACAUUAAUACAUAAUUAGAUUUGAUUUUCAAUUAUAUGUACAGAAAAAUGUGUAAACCACAAUUUUAAAAGUUAAUGGUUAUGAUCACAAAACUAUCAACCAAUCUUAUAAUUUUGUGGACCCAACUACAGUAGUGCAUACAAAAACAAUAUAACAUCUGUGUGGAUUGGCAAAGUGGUGUAUCAUAAGACAUAGAGGAACAGGUCGUAAUCAUUUGGAUUUGUAUUUAACAAAAUUUGAAUGAAGAUCCAUUUGUAAAAAUUCUAAUUGAUAUAAUGAUGUACUUUCUUCCACAAAACAUUUUUUAAUAUUAUUUAUUGACAAUACAUGCUUGGUACAUACAUUUUAUUAAAAUAAACUAUAUAAUUAUAAACUUAUGAAUGCUAACUUUUUUAUUCAUAUCAUGAUUCAAAUUAAAUUUGUUAUCAAAAUGAGGUAGUCGAGAUAAUAAGAUGAGCUGGUAGUCUUGAAAAUUUCAGAGAAAAGUUGAGAUAACAGAAUCAUUUUUUUACUAAUCUAAAAUGUAUUGCUCAAUACAUUAUUUUAGGUAACUGUUAUAGCUUUUAUGGACAAAUAUAACAUAUUAGACCAAUAAGGGGUUGAAAGUUACAACACAUUUUCUAAUGUUUAAAUUCAAUUUUUAAAGUAUUGUUGGAUUUGUUGACAAAUUGUCUAUGUUAUUUAAGAAGCUGAUUUUUCAAUUUAAAAUUUUGUAUCCAAAAUAAAUACAAAUGUAAUGGGGAUAUUUCCUGGAAUUUGUAAAAAUAAUAUCUUAAUUUGGAAUUUUAAUGGAAUAAAAAAAAAAUAAAUUAAUACAUGCUGUAAAAAUUUAAAUUGUAUGGUUUAAUUUUCCACCACUUAUUAGUUUACACCAGUAGUCUGUUUGAAAAAUACAUUUGUUUCAACCCAUUAUAUUUUAUCAAAAUAUUGUGUAAAUUAUAAUUUAUUUAAAACAAAUAUUUAAUUUGAAACCAUAAAAAUAUGAAAAGGGAUUCUGUUAUGCACGCAUUGGAACGAGAAUUAUCAGAAAGUUCGAGCGAAUUAAAUCAUUCACUUCUUAUUGUAGCGGCAACAAUUUAUAAUCAUGAACAUAAUUAUGAAUCUGCCCUACGGGUUCUCAAAAAUGACGAUUCUCUUGAAGGGUUUGUAUUUUGAAAUAGCAUACAUAACUAUUAAUUAAGACAUAAUAUAUUUAUUUAUUGCAGUGCGGCAUUAUCUUUAAUAAUAUAUCUAAGAAUGAAUCGAGUAGAUUUAGCUACAAAAGAAUUCAGAAAAUUAAGAGAGAAGGAUGAAGAUGCAACAUUAACACAAAUGGCACAAGCUUGGUUAAACUUAGCAUUGGUAAAAAGCAGUAUUCAUUUGUUUAUGUUUAUAUAGGUUAUAGUCAUUGAAUUAAAAACUAAACUGAAUUGUUUUUUUUAUAUAAAUAUAAAUUGCAAAUGAAUGAUCAAUGUAUUUAGUGUUAAGUAUAUUAAAAUAAACAAUUCUAAUAAUAUAUUGUUUUUGAAUAGGGCGGAGAAAAAUUACAGGAAGCUUAUUACAUAUUCCAAGAACUAAUUGACAAAUAUGGAGUUACAGCUUUGUUGUUAAAUUGUCAGUCAGUAUGUUAUAUUGGACAAGGCGAGUAUAAAAAAGCGGAGAUUACAUUACAAGAUGCUUUAGAAAAAGAUAGUAAUGAUAUUGAUUCCUUAGUAAAUUCAUUGUUCAUUUCUGGCCAUUUAAAAGUUUCAGCAGAAGUAAGUUACGGAUUUUGAUUUGAAACUUUUAUUUUGUAACUAUUUUAUUUAUUUUUGAAUACAGGUAGCUAAGAGAAAUUUAAAUAUGCUGCGAGAUGCUUAUGCUAAUUCUGAUUUUAUUGAAACUUAUAAUAAAAAAGAAGCUGAAUUUGAUUUGUUGUCACAGGCAUUCCAAUAAUCCAAUAAUCAAAUAAGCUAAAUAUAAAUAAGUUA